CCCCUGGGCUGUUACGAUAACCUUCUCUUUUUCUGCAGCGUUUCCUUGUGCUGCGCACGGGAGGUGGAGAGGGGCCCCGCGGGGCCCGCCUCCUCUGGUCCGACCAGGUGCGCAGCCCUUCACUCCCGCAGAUCGCUCGAUUCAUCAGCCUGGUGCACACCGAGAGCAGCGAGGCAUGGCGAGAUCCAAGGCCAGGGUGUACACUUGUUGCUUGCUGCUUGUUAUUAUGAUGAUCGCCAUCAUUGUGAUCAUAACUGUCACUACGAGACGCACGUGCGCGGACGACACUUUCUCGAAAGCUGCCGUAGCUGCAGACACGAGGAAAUGCUCAGAGAUUGGAAGGGAGAUGCUUCAACAAGGCGGCUCGGCGGUAGAUGGCGCCAUCGCCGCGCUUCUGUGCACGGGCAUCAUGAACCCGCAGAGCGCGGGGAUCGGAGGGGGGUCCAUUUUCACAGUCAUGGACAGAUCUGGUCAAGUGAAGAUCAUCAACUCCAGGGAGACUGCGCCCUCACAGGUGGACCCUGAUCUGCUGAAGUCCUGCCCAUUAAACCUGGCAGGAAGCAAAUGGAUUGGUGUGCCGGGGGAAAUUCGAGGCUAUGAAUUGGCCCACAAAUUUUAUGGAAAACUGCCGUGGGCCACGCUCUUCCAGCCGACCAUCAAGCUGGCCAGAGAGGGAUUCCCUAUUCCUCCGGUCCAAGGAUUGUUCAUCCCAUUCAUUAACAAUUCGCUGACCCCAAGGAAACUAUAUUCAGAUGAAACUGGAACCCUGCUGAAGACCGGAGACGUGAUCAAGUUUGAGAAACUGGCCGACACUUUGGAGCUGAUUGCAAACAAAGGAGCGGACGUCUUCUACACCGGAAGAGUAGCGAAGGAUUUAGUCCGUGAUGUGCAGCAGGAAGGAGGAAUCCUCACACUGGACGAUUUGGCUUCAUAUAAGGCCACAGUGACCGAUGCGUGGGUUGUCCCAGUGGGAGAGUACCAGAUGUACAUACCCCCACCCCCGUCAGGAGGACCGCUCCUCAGCCUCGUCCUCAACAUCAUGAAAGAGUAUCAGAUGAGGUCGGCUCCUCUUUCUGUUGAGGAAAAGAUUCGGUUUUAUCACCGCUACGUUGAAGCUUUUAAAUUUGCCAACGGACUAAAGAGGCACAUUCAGGACCCACGCUUCAAAUCAGAAAAAAUGGCAAAGGAAAUAAUAGCAGAAAGUUUUGCCAAACACAUAGGCACCCUGAUCAGCAGCGACAGGACACACAAUAACCCGUAUUACAAUCUCACCGCGUAUCUGGACAGUCUGGGUACCACGCACGUGUCUGUUCUGGCCGAAGACGGGUCAGCCGUCGCCGUCACCAGCACCAUCAACCACAUGUUUGGCUCCAAGGUCUACUCUCCCAGCACUGGAAUAUUCCUGAACAACGAGCUGUCGGACUUUUGUGGAAGGGUCGAUAACAUCUUUCCCGGUAAUCAGAUUAACCUGACUCUUUUUCAUUGUUUACUUGAUCAGUCUGAACGGCAGUUGUCUGUUGUCAUCUUUCUCUUUCAGGCUCUCAUCCACCAUCUUUGGUUUGGGAAGAGCCUUAAAGAGGCCAUUGAUACUCCGGUUGUGUAUGUUGACUCUGAAAACAAAGUGAAGUUCGAACCCCAGUUUGACGAGGGUGUUAUCAAGGCUCUCAGGGCGAUGGGGCACAAAAACGAAACGGCAAGAAAAUUCUACAAUGUGGUUAAUGCUGUGGAGAAAAAGGACGGCUGCAUAUGUGCCGUGUCUGACGACAGGAAACUUGGAAAAGCAGCUGGUUAUUGAGAAAACCAGUCAGUAACGCUGGUAACGGAGGAUGUCCUGAAAAUGAGCGAGAUCUUCCUGCAGCAGAAGCUGUCUGUUGUACUUGAACAUCACUGAAUCAGAAGCGGAGAAACGGGUUUAAUUUGCAGAGCCUCUGCACAAACAUGCCUUCCCGACUGACUGUAUACCAUGUCGUUACAAGAGGGGGAAAAAAGAGACUUUUCUUUUGGCACUGCAAGUUUGUACAUGUUUUUCUAAGUGCAAGUCUGGAAUGUUUUCUUUUCCCUUUAUUGAAACUCAUGAAUGAAAACUGUAACUAUAAGGAUCUUACACACUGUCACUGUACUUUUGGGUUUGUGCUUGGGAUGUAAACAUCCAAGUUAACAGGAUUGUUUACUUAUCCAAGUAAAGAUUUGAUUACAUUUCCCUGGAGGACCACUGACUGCCAUUGCUCGAUGUUGACAUAUUGCUCUUCUUCAAGUGCCUGAAAACGUCUCACUUCUGUUUAUAGCUCUACGGAAAAAGUCACAGUGACAAUGACCGCUGGCCACACAACCCAGGUGACAUUUGUAGAAUGACAGAAACACAUGUUUAGCAGAUACCAAAGAUGUAAUUUUAAAAACAGUUUUGUAUACACAUGCUUUGAUAAACACUGGAUUUUCAGAGCAAUAACUGUCCGAAUGUAUUUAUAGUUGAUCAGCAGGUCUCUGCGUAAAUCCUAAAAUUUGACGUGCAAAAUAAAAAUCUAAAAAUCUG